AACUGUUGGUCAGAACCAGAAAACAGUGGUUUGCCCUAAUGAACCCUUUAAAGGAAUGAAUUAUUCUACAGCAGGAAAAACAGGAAUUCAGGGACGCCAGUUUUUGGUCUGUGUUACUGACAAUCUCAGCAUGGCAAGUGACCAAACCAAAACCAUAUAUAUUUUAUCGGAUGGAGAUUUUGAGUUUAAAUUAAUUUCAAAGUUUUCUACACAGCUCUUCAAUGAAGUUGUUACACCAAGGAUAAAUGUUAGGGAAAUUAGCGUUACAAGUGCGAUUUCACUCUCAGAUUUCAAAAUCGAAGAAAAAGCACUGCAGAUCGAGACUUCUAGAGACGUGUUCGUUAUCAUCAUUGACAAUUAUAUACAUACUUCUGAUAGCACUAGCACUUUACCAAUUAAAUCAACAUCAAAUUCAUACGUCAUUUCUACACCCAGGGCGUUUAGCAAAACAACAGGUCCACAAUUUGCAAUAGCCUCCCGAAGGAACAGUACUACAAUCAAAAUACACUUUCAGUUUGAUCCCGAUUUGCCAAAGAAAGUAAAUGGAAUAACGUACCAAAAUGGCAGUGUAAUGCAUCUCGUCUUACAUGAGCUUGAAACAUAUGAAAUAUACCAUAGAGUCGACAUGUCAGGAACCUUUAUUGAAUCAACAUAUCCAAUCGCAGUAUUUUCUGGAAGUUACUGUACUGAAAUAGGUUUUAAAAACAGCACUGAUUUUGGAUCUUGCAGUAAGCUUGUAAACAACUUCCACCUAUUGAAAGGCUGGAUAAAAUGUAUAUAGUCCCGCCUAACUAUAACAGAAUGAGAACAAUCCUGAAAAUUGUGUCACCUUUCCAAACCCGACUUACAUAUUAGAUUGGAAAUAAACAAACGGAGAAAAUACUUCACCCGAGAGGAUAUUUUGAAAUAACUUUUUCUGAUAAAGAAGUCGUCGUCAUAGACUCAGAAAAGCCGGUUUUGGUUACCAGCUUUGCCACUGGGUCUAGCGAAACGGGUAACCCUUACAUGAUUACUGUACCAGGAAUUCGACAAUAUACAAAUAAAUAUCGAGUUAUGGUUCCUGGAGGUUUCAGAGAAAGAUACGUCGCUAUAAUAGUUGAGGAAAAAUCACUAAUCAAUUUGAUGCUAAACGAAACAAAAAUCAUUCAUUACUUGAAUGACGGAAAAUUCUAUACAACCGUAACAUUCUGGAAUAUUAACUUUGUCGUUGUUGUUUUACAGGUACAGGGAGGUUUUUAAGAGUUGAA